AUGACAGGCCGCAAAGAUGAAGAUAGGCCGAAAUCUCUCCCUUUUAAGAUAUGCUUAUGCAAAUUUUGUGGGAGAAAAUUUCUGAAUUCACAAGCUUUAGGUGGCCAUCAAAAUGCUCACAGGAAGGAAAGACAAGAAGCAAAGAAUCAAAAACAAGAGAUGAGAAAUAUGAUGAUGAUGGCGAGCUUUGGCGUACCGUUGAUGCCAUGCUCCUUCAUUGAACCUCAUAGUCUUGCGCAACACCAGAUAACUUCUUGGUCUAAUUACUCUUCCACCAGUAAUUCUCACCCUGUAAUUAACUACUGGCCAGGUAGUUAUCGCCUGGAUGAGGGAGCAGUGGAUUAUCAUGUGCCUGCUCAAUUGAUCACCAACCAAUUGCAAGCUCAUCAAGGUGAUGUUGAUGUAAACACCGGAGAGCAGCUUCAGGUUGAGAAAUAUCAUGAUCAACGCCGAUUAAACUUUAUGUUGCCUGAUCUCAACUUGGAUCCUUCUCCUUGA